UGUGACUUCUCCCCAGGCUCCUGCCAGGGCAACUCUGUUGAGAGGAAGAUCUACAUCCCCCUGAACAAAACGGCACCGUGCGUCCGCCUCCUGAAUGCCACCCACCAGAUCGGCUGCCAGUCCUCCAUCAGCGGAGACACAGGGGUCAUCCAUGUGGUUGAGAAGGAGGAGGACCUGAACUGGGUGCUUGCUGAUGGCCCACACCCACCCUACAUGAUACUGCUUGAUGGGAACCUCUUCAACAGGAGGGUAAUGCUGCAGCUGAAGGGAACCUCACGAGUGUCAGGCCUUGCUGUGGCCAUUGCCAAACCUAGCCCUCCCCAGGGAUUCUCUCCUGGUUUGAAGUGCCCCAAUGAUGGGUUUGGUGUGUAUUCCAAAGAUUAUGGCCCUCAGUUUGCACACUGCAAUAAGACUGUGUGGAAUCCUGUGGGAAGUGGGCUUUCGUAUGAGGAUUUUGACUUCCCUAUUUUUCUCCUUGAAGAUGCCAAUGAGACACAAGUUAUUAAGCAGUGUUAUCAAGACCAUAAUGUCCCCCGAGAUGGAUCUGGCCCCGAGUACCCUCUCUGUGCCAUGCAGCUUUUUUCCCACAUGCAUGCUGUCACCAGCACGGUUACCUGCAUGAGACGCAGCUCCCUCCAAAGCACCUUCAGCAUUAAUCCAGAGAUUGUAUGUGAUCCUCUUCUUGAUUACAAUGUGUGGAGCACCUUGCAACCUAUCAAUUCCUCUGGAAAAGUCGAUCCUGAGAAGGAAGUUAUUAUUGUCGCUACACGAAUUGACAGCCAUUCCUUCUUCUGGAACAUUGCACCUGGGGCAGAGAGUGCCGUCUCUUCUUUUGUGACCCACUUGGCUGCUGCUGAAGCUCUUCAUAAAGUGCCAGAUGUUCAUUUGCUGCAAAGGAACAUAAUGUUCACCUUCUUCCAAGGGGAGACCUUUGAUUACAUUGGCAGCUCACGAAUGGUGUAUGAUAUGGAAAAAGACAAGUUUCCUCUCCGCUUGGACAACAUUCAUUCAUUUGUGGAAUUGAAUCAGGUGGCUUUAAGGAACGACUCGAUUCUAUGGAUGCAUACAGACCCCGUCUCUCGGAUGAACGAAUCUGUUGAAGUGCAGGUUAGAAACUUGCUAGAUAUUCUGAGUAACAGCAGCGUGGGAGCAAACGUGACUUUGCAGGAAGCGGGAUUUUCGCAGCCUCUUCCCCCAUCUUCCUUCCAGCGCUUUCUUCGCGCCCGGCACAUCCCUGGAGUGGUCCUAACUGACCACAGGACUGCCUUCCAGAACAGAUACUACCAGAGCAUGUACGACACUCCAGAGAACAUCCGGAUGCAAUACCCCGAGGGGCUUAGCCCUGAGGAGACCCUGGAGUAUGUCACAGACACAGCCAAGUCCCUGGCAGAAGUUGCCACAGUGGUCGCCCGUGCUCUCUACCGGCUUGCAGGGGGAUCCAACAACACCUCUGCUAUUCAGGCAGAUCCAAAAACGGUCUCUCGAAUGCUGUAUGGCUUUCUGAUUAAAAUGAACAAUUCCUGGUUUCAGUCCAUCAUUAAACCAGACAUAAAAGGAAUUCUGGGUGAUGUUCCCCAACAUUACGUUGCCGUUUCCAGCCCUGUGAACACUACCUACCUUGUACAGUACGUCCUGGCCAACCUCACGGGCACUGUUGUUAACCUCACCAAGGAAGAGUGUGUGAACCCUGAAAAAACACCCAGCAGUGAGAAAGAAAUGUAUGAUUAUGCCUGGGUGCAGGGUUCCCUGGACCCUAACUCAACAUCACGAGUCCCCUACUGUGUUCGGUCAACUGUUCGCCUAACCAAAGCACUCUCUCCUGCCUUUGAGCUGAGGCAGUGGGGAUCUACAGAGUACUCUACAUGGACAGAGAGUCGGUGGAAAGAGAUCCGUGCCCGAAUAUUUCUGGUAGCCAGCAAGGAGCUAGAGAUAAUCACUUUGGUUGUGGGCAUUGUCAUUCUGGUCUUCUCUCUCCUCGCCACGUAUUUUAUCAACGCCAAAGCAGAUGUACUUUUUAGCAUCCCCCGGGACCCUGGGGCUGUGGCUUACUGAAGAUGCUUUCGGGGCUUGAGAAGUCUUAGCCCUUGGAUUACAGUUGUCAAAGAUAAAACUACACUGGAAUGCCCCUCUCUCUGGAUAGGGAUGCAAAGGGUUCUCUCCAGAGCUUUUGGGUUCCGGGGACUGAACCCUAAAACGGAAGAGACUUUCCCAGAAAAACGUGCCGACCAAGCCCUAAAGAAACUGUGACUGAGAAGUUCCUAAAGGCUUUCUUUUUAAUUUGUCCUUCCUUCUGAGCAACUUGAGAGGAUUGGUCCUGAAUGCCACUGAGACGAGAAUGUGACAGAGGUCUUCCCUAAACGAAGGCAAGGGUGGAAAGGGUAAAGGUAUUUUCUCUGGGAUGUACGUGGACCAGCAGCUUUCCAUGGUGUCUGCCAGCACAGGUUGCCUGUGAACGUCCAACAGUUGCUGUGGAUUUGUGUAUACGACAACACAGGGAGGGCAGGGCGUGUUUAACAGAUGAUUAGAUGUAAAAUGUCCUUUUUUUUUUUUUUUU